GACAUCAACGCGACGCUAUGCAGACCAGUGCUUGAAACGUGUGAUAGGUCUGUUUCUGUUUUACGGCACGGAAAAUGAUUUAAAUCGCUCUGUGAUGGUUACAUAGACAUGCUGGACUGAAGAUUUAAUCUGUUCACUCAUGGAGGAUGGCUGAUCAUCAGAUCGACGACCCAAAGAUUGCGUUCGCUUACCUGCGGCCCUCCUGCGUCCUACUGACCAAAGAGCCUACCCUGUCCAAUAUAGAGGCUCUGAACGGCCAUCUGCAUGCUGUUAGCGAUGGAGUCCUCCAGCUGCUUCAGGAUUAUGUCCUCUUCCCUCUCCGCUUUGUCCUCAAGACCCCUGGGGCCAAGCGAGAGGGCGUCGUGCAAGCUGUUAUGGACGCCCUGACCUACGUUCUGGAAAAGACCUGUAUCCAGAACUGGGAAUCUCUACGUGACCUCUUUUCUGAGCUUUGCCUUUGCCUCUGCUCUCCAAAUGACCCCGGAAAGCCUGCUCCGUUAUCAGAGGAGCUGAAGUUAGCGGUGCUACGAUGUCUGGAUGCUCUCAUGCAUUCUGCGUAUGGAGAUGUGGUGUUCAGGUUGUACGAGCCUGUGAUGCUUCCUGGACUGGGAGCCGCUGUAUCGCUGUUCUUGGCUCUGGCAGAGCAAGAGAAAGCAAGAGGCGUUCAGGCCGCAGCAUUGAAGUGCCUCCUGUCUCUUUUCCUGCAGUGUGACUGUGAACGAACGCAUGUAGAACCAGACGAAGAGGAAAGAAACUUGCUUGGAAAUACGCUGGCUUCAUUCUUACCAGGAAUCACUCGAGCUUUGAGUCACGUGAUUAGUGGAGACGUGAGACAAGGGCACGCGGUUACGGUGAAAGCCGUGAGGGUUUGGUACACCACAGUUGGCCUGGUUAUGGAUGACAAACAGCUUCAGAACGACAGCACCGUGAGUGCGGAGUCACCCGAGUUGGGGAGGAUCGGAGAGCUGGUGGUGAAAAGAACUCCAUCUUGGAGUAAGUCCACAUCUAAAAGACUUGCUUUGGCGCUGCAGAAAGUGAUCUCUUACACCACAGCACACCAACAUUGGAGAGUGAGAUUGGAACUGGUCAAUCUGUCAGAUCAUCUUCUUAUGCAGUGUAGCAAAUCUUUAUCUGAAUGCAUUGGUCCUCUUCUAGAGGCUUUGGUUGGUGCAGUCAAUGAUGAGGAACCUCGAGUUAAAGAGCGGUGUUCAGCAGUACUGGCUGAGGUAGCUAGAAGAAACCAAGCUACAGGAGGUCAAGCUUUAACCGACGUCCUGUCUGAAAACUUGCAUAGCUUGGCAUCUUCUCUACCUCGGCUAAUGAGAACGACGGAUGACAAGCGCAAACUGUUUAUUCUCACUGUCUUUCUGGGGUACCUGAAGAUUCUCGGUCCUCAAGUGGAUUUGGUCCUGACGUCAGCAGUUCAUCUUCAGCGUAUCUCCAAAGCGUUAAUGCAGGUGCUUGAGUUGGAUGUGACAGACGUCAGGAUCGUAGAGGAAAGAAGUUUUGCACCAUUAUCUGACUUGGUACCUGAUGCUCCCAAAGUGCAGCACCAGAGGAAAUACUUUCUUUAUUUUACAGACGACAAGAUCUUCUCAGCGUUGAAACAGAUAUGCCGGAUGCUGGGUCGCUAUGGAAAUCUUUAUUUACUGGUGGACCACUUCCUGGAGCUCUACAAGGAGUCCUCGGUUUAUCGCAAACAAGCUGCUCUGGUGCUCAAUGAGGUUAUCAGUGGGGCAGCAGGAGUAGGGAUGGAAACAGACAUUUUGAGAACAGUGGACCAUUCUGAGAGUUCCAUCAUAAGUCACGAGGACCUGAAAUGUGCGAUCACUUCCAUUAUUGAGGAAUACAUCAGUUUGAAUAACUGGCAUCUCACCACUGUAAUGGACGACUCGGAUGAUGAACAGCAGGAGAAGCGUCAUUCUGCAGUCCUCUCUAUUUUAAGCAGGUCUGACGGAAACGGACACCAGCUCACCCCAACCUUCAGUUCCAAAACUCCAACGUUCUACCAGCUGAACAGCAACAUUUGGCAGAUCUGUAUCCAGCUGGAAGGGAUCGGCUCUUUCGCUUUAGCUCUGGGCUCUGACUUCCGCCUGCUUCUGAUGACCUCACUCUACCCAGUGCUGGAGAAGGCAGGAGAUACUUCGCUACUGGUCAGCCAAUCAGCUCUCAGCACCAUGCACAGCCUUUGCGUGGCUUGCAAUUACAGCUCGCCCAAGGAGCUGGUGAUCAGCAAUGCAGACUACCUACUGAACGAUGUCUCCCUGAACCUGAGCAGACCCAGCGUUCACCCUCACGCCCCGCGAGUCCUCGCCGUCAUGUUCGCUCAUUCGGAUGCCGCUCUGCUGCCCCUAGUGGCCGACGUGGUGCAGGACGUGCUCACGGCCCUGGAUCUGAGCUACGACCAGAGAUCACGGCAGUUCUGUGUAGUCCUGCAUUCACUAAUGAAGGCACUGGUAAGGUGGUUUAACACCAGUACUACAGACCGCAGGCAGACUUCCACUUCCACACACACCACAACUCCCGAGACGCUGAAGCUUCGCCAGUUUCUGUUGGAUUACAGAAAGCAGAAGGAGCUGGCGGAGGGGAUCGGCGCCGAGGAGGAGGAGGAGGAGUCACGUGAUGCAGAAACACCUCCUGAGGUAAAGGAGGAAGAGGAGGAGGAGGAAGACCCUGACGUGAAACCAGAACUGCCCUUGCACGUGUCUCUCGCUAAAGACGUGAUGGAGCGCUGCGUUCACCUGCUGUCUCACCCCAGCAUGGGAGUACGACUAAAGGUGUUGGACAUUGUAGAGCUGUGUGUGUCUGUGCUGUGUGAGAUGGAGAAUGAGCUCUUACCCAUGGUGCACCGCUGCUGGCCAUCUCUUCUCCAGCGCCUCACCAAUGAUGACCCGCUCGCAAUACCCCGAGCUUUCAGGGUGUUGUGUGUGUUGGGAGAGACGUGUGGUGAUUUCCUGAGGAAGCGAGUGUCUAAAGAGGUCCUGCCCCGGCUCACGUCAUCACUUUCACGCCAGGCUGAGACGAGCGCUCGCUCCGGUCCGACGUACACACACACACUCGCAUACAAGCUGCAGCUGGCCGUGCUACAGGGACUCGGACCUCUGUGUGUGCGUCUCGACCUGGUGGACUCGGAUCUGGACCGUAUCUCUGAGGCCUGUCUCCCCUACCUGAGCUGCAGACAGCCAAUCAGAUUACAGGAAGCUUGCCUCAGUGUUUUCCGACACGUGAUGCAGCUGGACCCGGACUCGUGCUGGUUCACCCUGAGCGAGCUGUGCUGUCCCGUAGCGUACGAGCCGCCUCACACACUCCUGUUCCCCGUGAAGCUGAGCGGGAUGGGCCGAGCGAGGAACGACUACACACACAACGUCCUCACACUGCUGCGUGAACUCGAGCCAGAUCAUCACGACAACACUGAUUACAAGUGACUGAUGGUGAAGAAGACGCUUUAUUCAGGAUGUUGACGUCGGGCUGAUUGAUAUGGCGCAAAUAUGGUAUCGCGAUACUUGAAGACAUUUUCACAACGCACGAUACACAGUCAUGAUGUUUAGUGCUACAUUUCAAAAACCAAAUAUAUUCCAUGAUAUUUUUAUUUAAAAAAGGGAAGAUGUUAAUUAGUUUCCUAUGACAAGUUCCUAAGUGCUUUAUUCCUCUUAUGCCACAGCAAUUUGCCAACACUUACAAGUUUUAUUCAUGUUUUUAUUCAGAGCAACAUGUUGUACUUUUGAUCUGUUUAUAGUUAGCGUAAACUCCUCUGUCCUAAAGACUUUCCCGUUACGGAUAACUGACACUGGAGACUCCUUCCUUAAAUGUUAAAUAAACAUCUCCUUACAGAAAUCAUCACCAUAUCAAUAAUCACACACACUUUUUUUUAAAAUCAGUCCUGUGAAUGAGCUGUUACCGUAGAAACGAUAGCGUAUUAGAACGGGCGCAUUCAUAUAAACCUGUGUGUGCUGCUGUUACGGAAAACUAAUCAACACCUUCUGACCAAUCAGAGUCCAGAAUUCAAGAGCGCUGUGGUAUAACUAGACUUGAACAUCAGGAAAAAAAAACAAGUGGCAUGAUUUAUAACAGUAUUGACAUUCUGCUGCCCUGUGCUAAUGUGGCUAAUAAUAAUGAAUCUGCUGAGGAAGCUAAUGAUAACCUGUUAUCACGAUUCACUGAGUGAUGUUAGUAAUUUUAGCAGUUCCAAGUACCUUUAAGUACCUUUUGCAUUUAGUUUCUCAAAAUGGCUCCCUAGUCUCUAUAAGUGCACUAUAUAGAGUAUAUUCCCUACAUAGUGUGCACCUGGGAGGCGUUUGGGAUUUAGCCAUUAGCCCCAGGUGAUGAAAGGGAAAGUAUGUUGCUUGUAUAAAUACUAAUAUUUUGUCCAACUCUACGAAUGUACAAUUUACAAUAAACGUGUGAAUUCUUUGUGUCUCUUUAUUUAUUUCUAUCUCACAGCGUCACUAUCAGUGUUCAGAGCGACUGGUUGUGUUCAGUGACCGUGCUCGGCACCCGUGUGGCCUCUGAAGCGUCUCCUCUUGACAUCUUAAUGCAUGUUUUAGCCGCAGGCAAAGAAGUCUGCCUCGUGCACUUUGUGUUGGCGUGCUAGCUCUUUAUCUGCCACUAUUUAUCCUGCUGCCAAACCCGACGGCUCGACCAUUACUCAUAAAGGGCGGUCGGGCUAGCACGUUCCUCUCGAGCGUGACUGAUAAGCCAGUGCGCUAGCUUCAUUAUGCUCGGGUUCGACUCAGUGGCAUGGCGGCCAUGUGACUGAUUAACGGCCAUUAAGGACAACAAAACAGCUGUGGUGACAGGACGACAGAGGAAAGUGUCGAUUAAGCAGGUGGUGAGGAUCAUGAGCAUAUGAUUAGCGCCGAGUGUCACCUUUUACUGCCGGGUUUCUGUGAAGAUUAAACAAACUACAAGAUGCGUUCGUUUGACUUCUGGAAAUAAUCGACUUCAGAGCGCUAACAGUACAGUAACAGAUAUGUUCACCACCCAUUUUAAAUUGAAUCCAACUCGACAGUGUAGUUUAACCCGAGACUACGUUGUAUGUGUUCAUUCUUGACUACAAGGUUCCAGUGGAUUCCUCGCACCACUUUAUUUCUGCCAUACACAUGCAGGGUAAAAUAAAUGAGGCCCCAGAAGGAUUUUUUUUAGCAGUGUGAAGGCAGAUUAAGCACAUACGCUGCUCCUGGAGAUACAGCACUAGCUCUAAUCCAUCUUAAUUGAUCCAGCUGAUUAAGGUCUACAGGAGCAUCAGAGCCAGUAGAGUUGGCCAUUAAUUCUGUACACUCACUUCUAACAGCUAGCAAAUGAAGCCUGUGGCCUAAUCGUAGCAGGAAUGCCUAGUUAAAUCAAAUCUUAGCUGAUUUUGAGAAAUGUCCAACGAUGCUAAUCCUUUCUUACAAGACUGAGUCAUUAUUUUUGAGUGUUGCCAAAGUGUAGUGACUUUCAAAAUGGCUACGUGUUGAUCUGUCUUGUUGUGUAGCUAGCUACAAGUAAUGAUGCUACUAGCUUAAAUGUUUUGCUGUGCUAUUUUCAGAAUUAAUGACGGUUUUUCAUGAACUAGCUACUUUUUUCUACAAGUGGUAAUGUAGUGUGAACUAGCUAGCUUUAUUU